UUCUGUGUAUUUUGCACUAAGUCCCUGGAAUGUAUUUUGGUCAGACUUAACGUAAGCCUUGCCUUAGAAUUUCAGUCUCCAGUUCAGUCUCUUUCCCGACUCCAGGGAACGAAACACCACUUGGUCUCUUUGCCAGUCACCAAUGAUUCAGCUGGUGGCCACCCCAGCAAGUGCCCUGGCAGACGAGCCAGUGCACAUCCGAGCAACAGGACUGCUCCCAUCCCAGGUAGUGACCAUUAAGGCCUCGCUGAAGGAUGAAAAGGGGAAUAUGUUCUGGUCCAAAGCCCUCUAUAGAGCUAAUGAGGCUGGUGAGGUGGACCUGAAGCAGACUCCUGCAUUAGGAGGUGACUAUGUAGGGAUCCAUCCGAUGGGUCUCUUCUGGUCGCUGAAGCCCGAGAAGGCUUUCAGGAGACUGCUCAAGCAGGAUGUGAUGAACAGCCCUUUUUGGGUCACUCUGGACCUAUAUGAUUCCAUUCGCUUCCAAAAUUCAGCCAAGGUUCAGCCCAAGGCUAGCCAGGUUGUGCAGCGCUGGUUUUCAGCCCCAGGGGUACAGCGGAAGCAGAUUCGAGAAGGUCGAGUGCGAGGAGCCCUUUUUCUCCCUCCAGGGGAAGGUCCCUUCUCAGGAAUCAUUGAUUUGUUUGGGAACAUUGGGGGCCUAGUUGAAUUUUGAGCCAGUCUUUUGGCUGCCCAUGGCUUUGCAGUGCUGGCAUUAGCAUACUUUGCUUAUGAAGACCUGCCAGAGGAACUGCUGGAGGUGGACUUAGAAUAUUUCGAGGAAGCUGCCAACUUGCUACUAGCUCACCCUAAGAUUCUAAAACCAGGAGUUGGAGUGAUCUCAGUAAGCAAAGGUGCAGAGAUUGGACUGGCCAUGGCCUGCUACCUGAAGCAGGUAGUAGCCAGUGUGUGCAUCAAUGGGCCCAACAUGGUUUUUGGAGUUCCGCUCAGGUACAGAGAUCUGGUUAUGACCCCCAAGCACUUGGUUGAGGAGUGUACACAGUUCCACAUCUCUGGGGCUGUGCGCCUCUACCGCCGUAGAGGAGACCCCCGAGAUGAGCUGAAUCAUGAGAGCCUGCUUCCUGUUGAAAAGGCCCAGGGUUCAAUCCUCUUCAUUGUUGGGGAGAAUGAUGAAUGUAUGAAUAGCAGAGCAUGUGCUGAGCAGGCCAUGGACCAGCUGCGGAGCCAUGGGAGAAGCAGCGGAAGGAUGCUGGUAUACCCUGGGGCAGGCCACCUCAUAGAGCCGCCCUAUUCCCCACUGUGCUUUGCUUCCUGGACACGGGGGGUUUUGUGGCCGUUGCUCUGGGGUGGUGACUCUGUUGGCCAUGCGGCAGCUCAGGAGCACGCCUGGGGAGAGAUACAGAGAUUCUUCAGACAACACCUCAUCGGGACCAGAUGCAAACUCUGAGUAAGAGGUUAAGAGUGUUGAUGGGAGAGGAAGAAGAAGCUGGAAUGCGUGUGGUUAUAGAGAGGGCUAAGGCAGGGUUGGGGUUGGGGAGAGAGAGCUCUCCUGGUUUCUGUGGAUCACAGUCAUCCUGAGUCAACUGGAAGGAAGUCACUAAAAAUCAAAGGAUUGGGGCAUGAAUGCAUCUAAAAUAUUCCUGACAA